UCCUUCCACAAACUAUCAUCAUUCCUAACCUUAGAAGCAAAAGUUGGCAAGGUUGAAGAAGCCUCAAUUUAGUAGUUUACUAGUUAAGGCAGAGGUCUUGGGAGUUAAGACCCAAUUUAUUAGCUGUUCCAAAUUCGUUAUGGAGAGCCUUUUCUACUGCUACCCUCUUGCACUUGUUCUGAUGCAAUGCUGUUUCAUUAUUGUCACUUCCACAGCCAUGAUAAGAACAGAUGUUGCAACCGAUCGAUCUGCUCUUUUAGCCCUCAAAGCCCACAUCACUUCAGAUCCUCACCAAUUCUUGUCAAAGAACUGGUCUUCAAAUGCUGCUGCAGCUUCUUCUGUUUGUGACUGGAUAGGAGUCGAGUGCGGCUCUCGGCACCUGAGAGUUACUGCUUUGAAUAUUUCAAACAUGGGACUUGCAGGCACCGUUCCUCCAGAAGUGGGGAACCUCUCUUUUCUUGUUUCUCUUGACAUGGGAAGUAACUACUUCCAUGGAAAUCUGCCCCAGGAGUUGUCACGCUUACGCCGCCUCAAGUUCAUCAGUUUAAGCUCCAACAACUUCACUGGGGCCAUUCCAAUGUGGGUUGGUCACUUUCCAGAACUUCAAGUCUUGGCUUUGUACAACAACGAUUUUACUGGCCUAAUUCCUUCUUCUAUCUCUAACCUGUCAAAACUCGAACAUCUGGAUUUUAGGGGAAAUUCCCUGAGAGGGCAGAUUCCUGAACAGAUUGGGAACCUCCAGAGCUUGAAGUUUCUGAAUCUUGAAAGCAAUCAGCUCACUGGUUCCAUACCCUUGUCCAUCUUCAACAUCUCAACCAUGGAAAAAGUUGGAUUCACUUUUAACAACUUAUCUGGAACUCUUCCUGUUUAUCUUUGCCGCCAUCUUCCAAAUCUCAGUAGGAUUGCUCUAUCUUUCAACCAGAUACAUGGUCAAAUCCCAUCAAGUUUAUCUCAAUGUUCACAACUUGAGAUGCUGUCACUCUCGGACAACAAUUUCAGUGGAUCCAUACCAAAAGAAAUUGGAAACUUAGAGAUGCUUGAGGGCUUAUACCUCGGAACCAACAAUUUACAAGGGCUCAUUCCACGAGAGAUCGGCAAUCUUAGGAACCUCAAGGAAUUUGGCAUAGAAAGAAACCAAAUCACAGGCUCUAUACCCAGAGAAAUUGGGAAUUUGACCGAGCUUACAUUGAUUGUAUUUGCGCACAACUUCUUAACAGGUGUAAUACCAGAAGAGAUGUCCAACCUUCACAAACUGGAGGCACUUUAUUUAAUAUUCAAUGAGUUAAAUGGCUCAAUACCGGUUGGGAUCUUCAACCUCUCAACGUUGAGUGUGGUUUCAUUGGGAUUCAAUCACCUCACAGGCAAUCUUCCUUCAAAUAUUGGUUACCAAUGGCCAAAUUUAGAAAAGUUUCAUCUUGACGGAAAUAACAUCGGUGGAAUUAUGCCAGCUUCUAUUGUAAAUUGCUCUAAAUUAACCAUUCUAUCCCUUCCAGGAAACCGAUUUACUGGCUCCAUUCCAAACUCCAUUGGGAAUCUUGAACUCCUGGAAUCUCUAUUUCUUUCUGACAACAAUUUGACCAGUGAUCCUACAUCUUUGGAGCUGGAGUUUCUUACUUCGUUGACAAAUUGCAAGCAUUUAAAGACUUUAGAGCUAGCUGAAAAUCCACUUAACGGGGUUCUUCCAGCUUCCAUUGGAAAUCUUUCUACAUCCCUACAAUAUUUCAAUGCAAGAGCUUCUAAUAUCAAAGGCCCCAUCCCAAGAGAAAUUGGCAACUUGAGCAGUCUACUCUUGAUUUCUCUAGAAGACAAUCAGUUAACUGGAGAUAUUCCAAGAACAGUCCAAGACUUACAAAACCUUCAGGUGCUGUCUCUCAUGAGAAACAAACUAGGGGGCAGUCUAGAUAGUUUCUGUAAGAUGCACAGCUUAUCUGAGUUAUAUCUUAGCCAAAACCAAAUUCCAGGCAUUAUUCCAGAUUGUUUUGGCAAUAUGACAUCUCUCAGGGAUAUUUACCUUCGCUCCAACUUAUUAACCUCUACUAUUCCUAGAAGCUUGUGGAAAUUAAGAGAUCUCUUAGUGCUUGUCCUGGCCUCAAACUCCUUAAUUGGCUCAUUGCCUCUCGAGGUUGGAAAUUUGAAGGCUGCCAUAAAUAUUGACAUGUCAAUGAAUCAAAUCUCUGGGGAGAUUCCUUUGACAAUGGGAGAUUUACAGAACCUCCAAAACCUUUCUUUGGCAGACAACCAGUUGCUAGGAUCAAUUCCUGAAUCUUUUGGAAACCUGUUCAGCUUAACAUCCCUAGACUUGUCAAAUAACAGCCUUUCUGGUUUGAUCCCAAAAUCAUUGGAUAAACUUCAAUCCUUGAAAGUCCUUAACCUUUCUUCUAAUCAUUUGAGGGGUGAAAUUCCCUCGCUGGUC